GACUCAACUAAUGUAAAGUAAGGUUAGGAUUUUUGACGUUUUCAAACGAAAUUUGAAGAAUUACAAAUUUUUAUUUCAACUUGAAAUCUGAUUAUUGUAGGGUUAAAAUAAAUUAUCUUAAUAUGGACUAAUUGUGAUAAAGCAGGAUUAUUAUGUUAUCUGUUCAUCGAGAUGUUGUUAAUAUUGUGCAGGCAAAAUUUUUGUCUGCUGAGGUAGUUAGGAGUAUUCAUCUUAAUGUAUCUACUCUUGGUGACAACUGGUGCGAUGAAAACAGGAUUUUAGCAUUAGUGGAAUAUAAUAAAUCUUUUGCAUUAUUUAUAUUGAUUUCAGCCAGAAAAAAACCGUCAAGCAUUUCUGAUCUUUCCAUUGAAACCGUUAUUCCAGUAGAUGAAUUUUUUUCUUGUGAUACUGAACCUAUAGAAGAUAGCCAGAGCCAUAUUAUUUUCAUUAUUAUCUAUAAAAAAAUUAAGCGUGCAUUCAAAAUUGAGAUAGGUGUAGAAAGCUCUAAUUUUGCCUCAGAGGUAAUUCGCUCAAAAGAAGUUUCCCUAUAUAACAAACCAGUAUUUGUUUGGUUGGAUAAGUACAUAGGAACCAUGAAUAAUUCAAAUCGUACUGUAAAUUCUGAUGAUCAGGCUGACUUACCAAUAGCUAGACAACAUAUUGCUCAAGGUCAAACUUCAAUUAAUCGAGAAUCUAUGUUGAAAUAUCAGCUCAAAUUGAAAGAACCAGACUUUACACAAAAACAAGAGUUUUCGAUAUUUGUCGGCACCUGGAAUGUCAAUGGCCAACCCCCGUCAGUUUCAUUACGGUCAUGGUUGAGUAGCGAUGAAAAUCCUCCUGAUCUUUAUGCUGUAGGAUUCCAAGAAAUUGAUUUGAGUAAAGAAGCAUUUCUUUUCAAUGAUACACCCCGUGAAGCAGAAUGGUACCUCAUUUUCCAAAAUGGGGUAUCCAUUCCAUUUCCAAAUGAAGUUAUUUGUUGUCAUUCCAAUGUAAUGGGUAAUAAAGGAGGGGUAGGUGUUCGAUUGGAACUUCACAACACUUCACUUUGCUUUGUGAAUUGUCAUUUAGCAGCCCAUGUGGAGGAAUAUGAGAGGAGAAACCAAGAUUAUAAAGAUAUUAAUGCCAGGAUGAACUUCAGGAGAACCCCUCAAUCAAUUAAGGAUCAUGAGCAGGUAUAUUGGCUAGGAGAUUUGAAUUACCGAAUAACAGAUUUAACAACAACCCAGGUGAAAACUUUACUUAUGAGACACGAAAUGCCCACUUUAUUGAAAGCAGAUCAGUUGAACCAACAAAAAGAGAGGGGCAGUGUUUUAUUGGACUAUCAAGAAGGUGAUAUCAAAUUUCAACCAACAUACAAAUAUGAUUUGAAUACUGACACUUAUGAUACGAGUGAGAAAGCGCGCCCUCCCGCAUGGACUGACAGAAUAUUGUGGAGAGGAAAAGGAAUAUACCAGUUAGAAUACCGAAGUCAUAUGGAUUUGAGAAUCAGUGAUCAUAAACCAGUGAGCGCCCUUUUCAAGUCGGAAAUCAGUGUCGUAGAUCCAAUUAAAUACAGAAAAAUACAUGAAGAUUUACUGAAAAAAAUGGACAAAUUCGAAAACGAGUACUUACCACAAGUGACUGUAGACCAGACAGAGGUUACGUUCGAUUUGAUUAAAUUCCGAGAACCUCAGAGUAGGGAAAUAACUAUUGCAAACACUGGAAUGGUACCUGCUGAAUUUGAAUUCAUAAAAAAAUUAGAUGAGACGAGUUAUUGCAAGAAUUGGCUGAGAAUAUCUCCAUAUUGUGGAAGUAUAAAUCCAGGUGAAAAAUGUGAUGUUAAACUGGAAGUUUGUUUGGAAACCGACCUGCAGAAAAUUUAUGAUAUUUUAAUAUUGCAUUUAAAAGGUGGAAAGGAUAUGUUUAUAAUUGUUAAUGGAGAGUGCCAAAAAUCUUGUUUCACUACAUCAAUAUCGACAUUAUGUAGAAUAUCUGUACCCAUUAUGCAAUCUUCAGAAGAACAGUGGAGGUUAGCGGAAAAAGGUGAAUCCAGUGUUUUAUAUUCAGUACCCCGGGAGUUAUGGCUUCUCAUAGACCAUUUGUAUAGAUAUGGUCUGAAAACCAAAGAAUUGUUUGAAUCUAGUGCCCUUCACGAAGAAAUUAUCAGGAUAAGAGACUGGUUGGAUUUUGGAUCUUUAGAUCCUUUCCCUGGGACAGUUCAGGCCGCAGCUGAAACUUUGCUUUUGUUUUUAUCAUAUACCAAAGACCCUAUAAUACCCUUCGAUCUACAUGACACCUGCAUUGCAGCAGCUUCCAAUUUUCAGAAUUGUCGACACAUUAUACUACAGAAAGUACCAGAUUUGCAUCGGAAUGUAUUUCUGUACAUCUGUAUGUUCCUGCAAGAACUCCUCAGAUACUCCAACGACAAUGGAUAUGAUGCCAAAACACUUGCCUCUUUAUUUGGUGAUAUUCUUCUUCGUGAUCAAAUUCGUAACUCCAAACCCCAAGCUAGCAGGGGUAAAUCGAAUUUUAUCUACAACUUCAUCAUUAAUGAUCUAAGUUCUUCUAUUAUUCCACACAAGUAGAUAGUACUUUAAAUUUGAAUUAUGUCAACCGAUUGUUCUCAAUGAAGAUAUAGCUGUAUAGAAGAUAGAUAUUGAUAGAUAUUUUAGGUUCUGAUUUCGAUUUCGAAUAAUUUUUUUUGUACUUCCAGAGCUUUACGCUUGAUUAUUUACGAGUAAAAUUAAUUUCAAUAAUUCACUGAAUACACAUAUAUACAAAUCAUAUUUAUGCUGUAACUAAUAGAAAUUUGUGUAAAAUGUUCGCCAUCCAUAUACCCUUCAAAAUUUCAAAUUCCAUUGAUAUUUCAAACUGAAAUAUUCCUUUAUUUUUUUAUAUAAUAAUGAAUUGGAAUAUGUCUUGAAGGUUUAAUGUACCUAAUAAUUUUGUUUCUGAUUUCCUUUCAAAUUUUAUCACAUUUAGUUAUCCUCAUAAACAGUCUAAAAGGUUCAGAAAUUACUGUACUGCACUUGUCUAAAGGUACAAUUUCGGAAAUGUAUAUGAAAAGCGAAUACUUAGACGUCUCUAGUUGUAUGACUGCAAAUCUAUCAAAUCUACUAAAACAGUUUUGUGUAUAUAUAUUUAUUUCAAAAAAAUGUACAUUAUUACACCAAUUUGCCAGUAUUUUUAUAGAUAAUUUAGAUUUAGGAGCUACAUUGAACAAUAAAGGUUAUAAUGUGA